AUGCCUUUCACAUUCAAGAGGCCUGAAGGCGAGGCCGGAGCCGUCUGGCCCGCCAUCGCUGUCGGUGCAUUCGUUGCUUUCGGUGGUGUCCUCUUCGGUUACGAUACUGGAACUAUAGGAGACAUCCUUGGAAUGAAGUACUGGCUGGAGCUGUUCGCUCCUCACAUCGACCCUGCUACCGGCAAACAUGCCCUCACCUCGAGCCAGUCAUCCGAGAUCGUUUCAUUGCUCUCCGUCGGAACUUUCUUUGGUGCUCUUCUCUCAGCUCCCACCGGUGAUAUCCUUGGCCGCAAGAUGGGAUUGAUGGCAUGGUUGGUUGUCUUCUGCGUUGGUGUUAUCCUCCAAACUGCUGCCACUGCCAUCCCUCUCUUCGUUGCCGGUCGAACCAUUGCCGGUCUCGGAGUUGGUGGCCUCUCCGCCUUGGUUCCUCUGUACCAAUCUGAGACCGCACCCAAGUGGAUUCGUGGCGUUAUUGUGGGCUCAUACCAGGNNCGCUUGGCCAUCACCAUUGGUCUCUUGCUUGCAUCCAUCGUCGGCAACGCCACUAAGGACAUCCAAAACACUGGAUGUUACCGCAUUCCCAUCGCUGUUCAGUUUGCCUGGGCUAUCAUCCUUNUUGUCGGUCUGCUCAUUCUACCUGAGACUCCCAGAUUCUACAUUAAGAAGGGCAAGCAUGCGGAGGCUGCUCGCGCUCUUUCCAAGCUCAGACGUCUUCCCACCGACCACCCUGCUGUUGAGGAGGAAUUGGCUGAGAUCACCGCCAACCACGAAUACGAGUUGUCUCUUGGACAAGCUAGCUACGCCGACUGCUUCAAGGGUAACCUCGGCAAGCGUCUCGCCACCGGUUGUGGUCUUCAAGCUCUCCAGCAAUUGACUGGUGUCAACUUCAUCUUCUACUACGGAACUUCCUUCUUCCAGUCAUCUGGUAUCAGCAAGCCUUUCACCAUCAGUUUGAUCACCUCCUGCAUUAACGUCGCUUCGACCCUUCCUGGUUUGUACAUGGUUGAGAAAUGGGGCAGAAGAAAGCUCUUGCUCUUCGGAGCUAUCGGUAUGGCCGUCUGUCAGCUUAUUGUUGCUGGUGUUGGUCUCGAGCCUACUUCGAACCAAUCCGCUCAGAAGGCCCUCGUCGCAUUCGUCUGUAUCUACAUUUUCUUCUUCGCGAGUACUUGGGGACCAUGCGCUUGGGUCGUCACUGGAGAGAUCUUCCCUCUGAAGGUCAGAGCUAAGUCUCUUUCGAUGACCACUGCUUCCAACUGGCUUCUCAACUGGGCCAUCGCGUUCGCCACCCCUUACAUGGUCAAUGCAAUCCACACCAACGUCUUCUGGGUCUGGGCAAGCUUCUGUUGCGCUUGUAUUGCUUUCGUAUACUUCUUCAUCUAUGAGACCAAGGGACUCUCCCUGGAGCAGGUCGACGAGCUGUACGGCAAGGUCUCCAAGGCCUGGCAAUCAGAAGGCUUCGUUCCUACCGUUUCUUUCCAGGAAGUGCAGGAUGUCACUGGCGGUGCUGCUCGCAACCAAUCACUCACCGAGAUUGAGAACAACGCUAUGCGCAAGAAGAGCAUGACUCACGAGGAGAGCUAUGUGGGCGAGAAGAUGUAA